CUCAUUAAUAUAGAAAAGAAAAAAAACCGUUCGAUCAUGUCGGUGUUCAUGCACGCGGACGCGGCGGACGUGGCGCUGAUGGUGCUGGGCCUGGUGGGCGCCAUAGGCGACGGCAUGUCGACGCCCCUGCGGCUCCUCAUCGCCUGCCGCAUCGCCAACGACCUCGGCAGUGGCCCCGACCUCCUCCAGGAGUUCACCUCCAGGAUCAAUGCGAACGUGACCAACAUUGUCUUCUUGGCGUGCGCAUCCUGGGUCAUGGCGUUCCUAGAGGGUUAUUGCUGGGCACGGACGGCGGAGCGGCAGGCGUCACGGAUGCGAGCGCGGUACCUGCGGGCGGUGCUCCGGCAGGACGUGGAGUACUUCGACCUCAAGGCGGGCUCGUCGUCGGAGGUGGUCACCAGCGUGUCCAACGACAGCCUCGUCGUGCAGGACGCGCUGGGCGAGAAGGUGCCCAACUUCGUGAUGAAUGUCGCCAUGUUCGCCGGCAGCUACGCCGUUGGGUUCACGCUUCUGUGGCGGCUCACGCUUGUGGCGCUGCCGUCCGUACUGCUGCUCGUCAUUCCCGGGUUCACGUAUAGCCGCGUCAUCACUGGCCUCGCGCGACGGAUCAGGGAGCAGUACGCGCGCCCAGGCGCCAUCGCCGAGCAGGCCGUGUCGUCGGUGCGCACCGCGUACUCGUUCGUGGCGGAGAGGAGCACCAUGGCGCGGUUCUCCGCCGCGCUCGAGAAGUCGGCACGGCUCGGGAUCAAGCAGGGGCUCACCAAGGGCAUCGCCCUCGGCAGCAACGGCAUCGUCUUCGCCAUCUAUGCCUUCAACAUCUGGUACGGCAGCCGCCUCGUCAUGUACCACGGCUACCCGGGCGGCACCGUCUUCAUGGUCUCCUCCCUCAUUAUCAUUGGCGGCGUGUCGCUGGGAUCGGCGCUGUCGAACGUCAAGUACUUCUCGGAGGCCACCGCGGCGGCGGAGAGGAUCCUUGAAAUGAUACAACGGGUGCCCAAGAUCGAUUCGGAGAGCGACGCCGGCGACGAGCUGACCAGCGUCGCCGGCGCGGUGGAGUUCAAGAACGUCGAGUUCUGCUACCCAUCGCGAAAGGAGAGCCCUGUUUUCGCUUGCUUCAGCCUGCGCGUGCCGGCGGGGCGAACGGUGGCGCUGGUUGGUGGCAGCGGGUCGGGGAAGUCGACGGUGAUCGCGCUGCUGGAGCGGUUCUACGACCCGUCGGCCGGGGAGGUGGUGCUAGACGGCGUGGACAUCCGGCGGCUGCGUCUCAAAUGGCUGCGCGCGCAGAUGGGGCUCGUCGGCCAGGAGCCCGCGAUGUUUGCGACGUCGGUGCGGGAGAACAUACUGUUCGGCAAGGAGAAUGCGACGGCGGAGGAGGUCAUCGCCGCAGCAAAAGCGGCCAACGCCCACAACUUCAUAUCGCAGCUGCCGCAGGGCUACGACACGCAGGUGGGUGAGCGUGGUGUACAAAUGUCUGGAGGGCAGAAGCAAAGGAUUGCUAUUGCGAGAGCAAUCCUGAAGUCACCCAAGAUCCUCCUCCUCGACGAAGCCACGAGCGCACUGGACUCGGCGUCUGAGCGCGUCGUGCAGGAGGCGCUUGACGUGGCCUCCAUGGGCCGGACUGCGAUUGUCGUCGCACAUCGCCUCUCCACUAUCCGGAAUGCUGAUACUAUAGCCGUCAUGCAGUCUGGUGCAGUCCAGGAGCAGGGCUCCCACAGCGAGCUCAUUGCCAGGAAUGGCCUGUACUCAUCUCUCGUCCAUCUUCAGCAGACCUGCAGAGGUCCAAUCGAGGGCAAUGAGGUUAUUGGCGAAACCUGUCGUGCAUCUCCUACUGUGGGGCAAUGCAGCAGCAACACGACGAGCAAGAUGUGCUCUUCGGUUAGCAGGUCAAGCCCGGCACGGUCCAUGGGUGAUGCAGGAGAUGGUGACGGCGCCGUGGAGCCGAAGCCUCCUGCUGUGCCAUCCUUCAGAAGGUUGCUUCUCCUGAAUGCGCCAGAGUGGAAGCAUGCACUGGUGGGGAGCUUCAGCGCGUUCCUGUCUGGGGCCAUCCAGCCUGUUUAUGCAUAUGGCAUGGGGAGCAUGUUCUCCGUCUACUACUUGACAGAUCAUGAGGAGAUCAAGGACAAGACAAGGAUGUACGCGCUCGUCUUUCUCGCUCUGGUGGUGCUCUCAUUCUUGCUCAGCAUCGGGCAGCAUUAUAGCUUCGGUGCCAUGGGGGAAUACCUGACCAAGAGGGUCAGGGAACGAAUGCUUGAAAAAAUCCUCACUUUUGAGAUCGAGUGGUUCGACCAUGGCGACAACUCCAGUGGCGCCAUAUGCUCUCGGCUUGCCAAGGACGCCAACAUCGUGCGGUCACUCGUUGGUGACCGAGUGGCUCUGGUGAUCCAGACGGUUUCUGUGGUGUUCAUUGCUUGCACAAUGGGUAUCGCCAUUGCUUGGCGCUUGGCCCUUGUUACGAUAGCAAUGCAGCCGCUUAUCGUUGCUUGCUUCUACGCUCGCCGUGUCUUACUAAAGAGCAUGUCCAUGAAAUCAAUACAGGCGCAGGCCGAGACUAGCAAGCUAGCUGCCGACGCCGUCUCCAACCUCCGCACCAUCACCGCCUUCUCAUCCCAGGACCGCAUCCUACGCCUCUUCGGCCAAGCGCAGGACGGGCCACGCAAGGAAAGCAUCCGGCAGUCAUGGUUCGCAGGCUUCGGCCUCGGCACCUCUGUGAGCGUUAUGGUAUUCUCAUGGGCCCUCAGCUUUUGGUACGGUGGCAAGCUCAUGGCUGAGCGACGCAUCACCGCCGAGGCAGUCUUCCAAACCACCAUGAUCCUAGUUAUCACAGGGCGUGUCAUUGCAGAUGCGUGUAGCAUGACAGCAGACCUUGCCAAGGGUGCCGAUGCGGUCGCUUCGGUGUUCGCUAUUCUUGACCGCGAGACGAAGAUCGACCCUGACAGUCCCGAGGGGUACAAACCCGAGAAGCUCACAGGGGAGGUGGAGAUUAUAGGAGUCGAUUUCGCGUAUCCGUCGAGGCCAGAUGUGAUCAUCUUCAAAGGAUUCUCCUUGAGCAUAAUGCCAGGCAAGUCAACAGCGCUAGUUGGGCACAGUGGCUCCGGCAAGUCAACCAUCAUCGGGCUUAUAGAGCGGUUCUAUGACCCGCUCAGGGGAGUGGUGAGUAUCGAUGGUAGAGACAUGAAAACAUAUAAUCUGCGAGCCCUACGACGACAGAUCGGGCUGGUCAGCCAGGAGCCAACGCUGUUCUCCGGCACCAUCAGAGAGAACAUCAUGUACGGCUUGGAGACGGCGAGCGCGGCAGAGGUCGAGGACGCGGCGAGGUCCGCCAACGCGCACGACUUCAUCGGCGGCCUCAAGGACGGGUACGACACAUGGUGCGGCGACCGGGGCGUUCAGCUGUCCGGAGGGCAGAAGCAGCGCGUCGCGAUCGCCCGCGCCAUCCUCAAGAACCCAGCCAUCCUGCUGCUGGACGAAGCUACAAGCGCGCUGGACAGCCAGUCGGAGAAGGCGGUGCAGGAGGCGCUCGACCGGGUGAUGGUUGGCCGGACGAGCGUGGUGGUGGCGCACAGGCUCAGCACCAUCCAGAGCUGUGACAUGAUCGCUGUGCUUGAGAGAGGAGCCGUCGUGGAGAAGGGCACGCAUGCGUCCCUCAUGGCCAAGGGUCCCUCUGGGACGUACUUUGGGCUGGUCAGUUUGCAGCAGGGAGGCAACCAGCAUUGA